AGGACUUUAUUCUGUGUCGUGAUUCCCCUGUUUAACUUCUGUCUGCACUUUCUUGCUCCAUGGAAAUUCGUGCGAGUUCGUUUGCGUGUAGUUGCGGUUAGGUACAUCAGUGUCGAACAGUGCAGGAACAAGGAUUCCAGUGAAUAUUUAUUAAUGAUGAAUAUCGCAGAUGGAGCAGGACUUAAUCGAUAUGAAAUAGUAAUGUUAGUAGCCAGAUUAACUUUGGUUACAGCAGUCGGCUAUUUCAGUAUGAAGUGGAUGAUGAGCCAUUUAGAUCCAACAUCAAAGGCUAAAAAGAAAGCUAAGGAAAAGGCAAGGACUCAAUUAAAAAAGUUAACUAGAACAGAAAAUUUAGCUAUAUCGAUAGAUACUGAUCAAUUGACUGAUUAUGAAAUGAUGAUUGCAAGUCAUCUUGUUGAUCCUAACGAUAUUAAAAUUUCAUGGGGAAAUAUUGCUGGCCUCGAACAUGUUAUUCAGGAACUUAAAGAAACUGUUAUAUUACCUAUUCAAAGGAAAGAACUUUUUGAAGACUCACAGCUAACACAAGCACCGAAGGGAGUAUUGUUACACGGUCCACCAGGAUGUGGGAAAACAAUGAUCGCUAAAGCAACAGCCAAGGAAACGAGAACAAGCUUUAUCAAUUUAGAUGUUAGUAUUUUGACUGACAAGUGGUAUGGCGAAAGUCAAAAACUGACAGCAGCAGUAUUCUCUUUAGCAGUAAAACUACAACCCUGCAUAAUCUUCAUUGACGAAAUAGACUCCUUUCUACGAGCUCGCAACGCACAAGAUCAUGAAGCAACAGCGAUGAUGAAAGCUCAAUUCAUGUCUUUAUGGGAUGGAUUAAUAACUGACCCUUCAUGCACUGUAAUUGUAAUGGGAGCUACAAACAGACCACAAGAUUUAGACAAAGCCAUACUCCGAAGGAUGCCAGCGACUUUCCACAUUGGUUUACCUAACGAACAGCAACGCGAGCAAGUAAUUCAUUUAAUUUUGGAAAACGAGCCCAUAUCUGAGGACAUAGACACGAAGAUCCUGGCUAAAAUGACUGAAGGUUUUUCUGGUUCUGACAUACAGGAACUUUGUCGUAAUGCUUCUGUUUAUCGCAUCAGAGACUACUUACGGAGUCACACACAAGAAACGUCAUCGAAACCUCAUGUAUCUGGAAGUACAGACGAUGAAGAAUUUCAUGAUGCAGUACGUCCUAUCACAAUGGAUGAUCUUGUGACUUCAAUGAAAAAAAUGAGGAACGCAAAAAUACACACGGGGAGUCUCGGUGCAGCUAAAAUAGAUUUAGAUUAAUGAUUAAAUCCUUUUUCGCGUUAUCACGCUGGUUUAACAUUGAGUGAAAUAUUGCAUUUUGUUUUCGGUAUCUUUCUCUUUCCUUUUUUUUUUUGUUUAUUUUUCUUUCUCCUAGGAAUUACUCACAAGAUCAUGAGUUUUACCCACGUAACGUCCUCCCUUAAAGUCGAGUCUGCGGUAUUUAUUCAUCAUAUUGGACAUGACCGAAAAUUGCGGAAACCAAAGCACCUAAUUGCAUCGAGAUUUUUUUAACAGGGUCACCCAGAUCGAUAAUAAAAUAAAGCGAAAAGAUGGUCUCUUUUGUGCCUAUUCUUCAUCAUAACUAUCGAAUACUUUAAAACAGCGAAAGCGAAUGAGUGAGAAAGCUCUUAUUUAAAAUAAUAAUAAUCUUUGAAGAAGACUGUGCUACACAUAGCAGGCAACAUUUUAACAUGUUAAAAUGUGCAUUUAACCAUUAUUCGUUUUGAUUUUUAUUUCAAAAAUACUGUUCCAAAUUCAAACCUAACUUAAAACGAUGCUAAACUAUAGCAUAGAAGUACAUGUUAAAGUUAUUGAUAGGUGCUUAAAAAUUCCGGAGUGAAAUUAUUUUACGAGUCUCUUGCAAGAUUCUCGUGCGAUCUAUGUACAAAAAAAUAGUAAAACAAAAAAGAAUCUGUUUUUUUUCGAAAUGGUAUUUCGUAUCUGUCUUUCAAUUUUCACUAUCAUAUGAACCGUCUCAUAAGCAAGUAAAAUUGGUAAUAAUAUAAAAAAGAAAACGUUAAAAAACUGUUUAUAGGAUAACAUUGUUUUUCUCCAUCUAUAAAACAUUGCCAAUUGUAUGUGAUCGGAUUAAAUUAUUAUACGACUUAUCGUAAAAACAAGAACAAAAAAGCAUACGUAACAAAAAGUCAGAAAUAGGUGUACGAUAAGGACGAGAACACACGACUGUUUUAUUAGGAUUUAUAUGGCCGAUGACCGAGAAAUUAUAAACGGAUGUCGGCAAUGCUUGGCAUAUAUUUUAUCAUAUUCAUUUUCAAGAUAGGACAGUUUUGCUAUAUAACCGUGAACAGUAUGAACACCCAUUAGCGCACGGGUGAACUCUAUUUUAAUUAAAGGGGUAAAAACCGUACAUUUCUUUUUUAUUCGACUCAUCAAUUAUUUGUUCAUCUGAUUAUAACACGUGGAAAAAAUUAGAUUAGAUAACUACACUAUUUUUUCAACGUCUUGGCAAACCUUGAGAAUACAGUACAAUGACGCGAGAA